AUGGCGGCUACCACCGCGAUGGCCCAAUUUCCUGCACCGGGCGAGGAAGUAGAUUGUGACUGCACAGACCUCAAAGAUGGCGAAGUUGUCCCGGACGAUGACGGCGUAAGGAGAGGCUGCGCCAACCGUGGAUAUCUCGUCAUUCGAGACGGUGGUGAUCUCAAGUGUGUCAUCGUAGAAGAUGGCACAGAGCAUCAUGAUCGAGCCCGAGAUUUUGUUAACAACUGCUCUUUGCACGGGACUUGUGGUUAUGUUGGCCAGUAA